GCUGUUCAACCAAAUGUUUAGCCAGUUUAAACAAAACGUGUAUACAGUAGUCUAGAUUUUGUACCCGAUUAAUUAAAACAUAGAACAUGACUGAAAUAGAAGGCUAUAGAGUUGUGCCGCUGCGAAUGUCGCCGGAUGCGAAACAUUGUCACAGCGUUUACAUGCGCGAGCAUUUCAUACGCCUAAUGGAUCCCAACAAGCCAAAAGGCCGCACGCUAUUUCUGCUCAACGUGCCGCCGUAUAUAACAGAAGAAAGCCUGCAGACAUUCUUUAAGCGCGUCGGCAACGUGGAGAGCGUUUUGUUUGCCGAGAAACCUGGACGCGAUGAGACAGCCAAGUGGUACGAAGGAACGGAUGUGCCCUUCUCGAAUGUACAGACGCCCUUCAAGUUCAAGGUGGCCUAUGUGGUCUUCCAGAAGAGCAUCAGCAUUGGCCGGGCGCUGGCCUUAGAGAGCCUCGACUUGUACAACAGCAGCGGCGAGUGCCUGAUUAAAACGGGCAUGGAACUGUGGCACGACGACUACGAGAACAAUUACAUACUGGAUGUGGAGAAGACCCAAAAGGAAAUCAAUGACUAUAUGGCUGCCUAUGAUAAGCGGGAGCGUGCCGCACUGGCGGCAGCCAAAACAAGCGAAGCGGAUCCCGAUGGUUGGGUCACGGUGGGCAAAGAUGGUCGCAAUGCGGGCUUUGAGCAGAAGGAAUCUGUUAUUGGGCGCAUCGAAAGUAAAUUGGAAAAGGAUAAGAAAACCAAGGAGCUCAAAAACUUUUACACAUUUCAAAUACGUGAAAGCAAAAUGCAAAAUAUUGUUGAGCUGCGUCAGAAAUACGAGGAGGAUAAGCAAAAAAUCGAAUUACUUAAGAAAUCGAGACGCUUCCGACCAUUUUAGCAUAGUUUAAGGCAGUAAUAAUAAUAAAAAUAUAUAUAAUAUAAAAUUAUAAUUUUUAAAGCUAAAAACAUGUAGAAGCAUUUGAAAGAAAGGCUAUUUGUAAAGAAUUUUUUUAAAGCUGCAUUUUCAGUCAUAUUCAAUCGAUUAAAGUUAACUAAACUUGGAUUAAUUUCA